CAACCUCUCCACCUUCCCCAACUCUCCACACAUCCCGUCGCGGCUCCCCAGAUUAAGCUCAUCUAACGCAUCUUCCCCUGAUGCUUCAGCCAAACAGAACACUCGCUCUCGCGAGCGACGCGCCGUUUACGUUCUUGCAAUGGGCGAUUGUGGGGCGAAACGCGUCAUGCACCCCGGCCAGCGAAGGAUCGUUACUCGGAUAAUUGCCAAUUUCCGUGCCCAGGCGUUGUGUCGCGAUCAAAAUCUUGAUGUCUUCUUGGCGUGUCUUGACUACUCUUAGCCAUAGUUGCUUGGAGUGCUUAGGUUGCUGGGCCGGGAUAGCGGAAAAUCAGGGCACUUGCAUGGUUCUCUCGGGCGACCAUAUGGAGCCAUCUUGUUGCCGGGUGUAGGUAUAAGAACAGGAAUACCCGUCAGUUAUUUGUAGAGUUGAGAAGCAUCUGAGUUAAGCUGUACUGCCACUGUUUCUUUACUCAAGGUCAAAGGUCUUCAAGAUGCGAACAACUGGCCUCUCCGCGCUGCUGGCACUGGCCAUUGUAGGACAGUCUGCUGUCAUACAAGAGCGUGCUACAGCUACCUGCACUCAAGAUGCCUGCCUUGAGCUGUUCGAGCUCUUCGCCAUCGCUGCAAAGCCUUUUUGCUCAGCUUACACCGAAGCACCAACUCACACCUUACCCGCAUAUGCUGCACGCUGGUCUAAGGUCCCAGCAAAGAUUUCCAGUGCUUGCACGUGCCUGAACGGAGGCAAGCCGACUGCUGUCCCAAGCAGUGCUGCGCCCUCAGCAACAGCUAUAACUUCCUCGCAAGCCGCUUCCCCGACCGUAGCCACGAGCACUCUUUCGGCGAUUGUUAUCAGCUCUCCCACAUCAGGAAAUCCAACUGCUACGAGUGCAACCGCCGAUGCGUGCUACGUCACAGCGUACUCCGCCAUUGCAGCUGCUACAGCUUCUUGCACUUCCAUCACCCUAGAUGGCAUUACCGUCCCUGGAAAUUCGACUAUCGACCUGUCUAAGCUGAAGACCGGUACUAAGGUCACCUUCAAGGGUACCACAUUCUGGGAGUACUUCGAUGCAAACUACCCGUUUAUUAAGGUUGGAGGUACCAACGUCGAGAUCACUGCUGCAGAGGGUGCAAUCCUUGAUGGCAACGGUCAGUCAUGGUGGGAUGGUCUUGGUAGCAACGGCGGUAUUGCUAAGCCCAACCACUUCAUCGAGCUCAGCAAGGUUCUUGGGUCCAGUUCAGUCCACGAUAUCUACAUUCAGAACUACCCCGUCCAUUGCUUCAGCGUCAGCAACAGCGCUGGGCUUGACAUCUACCACAUCACGCUGAACAACAGCGCUGGCUACGCACCUAACGCUCGCUCCAACGGCCUUCCCGCCUCGCACAACAGUGAUGGCUUCGACCUUGCCUCGACCAACGACACAAAGGUCCGCGACAGCGUCGUCAUCAAUCAGGAUGAUUGUGUAGCCAUCACUAGCGGCAACAACAUCAUCGUCAACAACAUGUACUGCAACGGCAGCCACGGUCUUUCUAUCGGCUCGGUAGGCGGCAAGUCUAACAACAACGUUACCAACAUGGUGUUCAGCAACUCGGUAGUCUUGAACGCUGAGAACGGUGCACGUAUCAAGACUAACGAGAACACGACUGGCUACAUUAACAACAUCUUGUUUGAGAACAUACGUGUCGAGAACAUCUCUAUCUACGGCAUUGACAUCCAGCAGGACUACCUCAACGGGGGUCCAACAGGCAACCCCACAGCCGGCGUCAUUAUCUCGGAUAUCGUGAUCCGGAAUGUGACUGGUACUGCUACAGAUGAGGGCAGGGACUACUACAUCCUUUGCGGCACAGGCAGCUGCAAGAAUAUCACCAUCAACGACGUCGAUGUCCACGGCGGAGGAGUACCCAGUCUGUGCAACUUCCAGACCAACGGCAAUUUUGACUGCGAUGGGCACUUCAACAUCACAGCUGCACCUGCUUCCUAG